AUGGCGGUUCGUAACCGAGAUCAACCCGACAUUCGAGCGAGGAUCAGCAUUCACGACGAGUCGCCAAAUGACAUCAAAGAACAGCUUCAAAUUGCAGAUCAAACACAGCGAGCUCUCCGUCUACAACAAUCGUGGCAUCCUCCGUCUGAUACACCGGAAGCAUUGCACCGCGCUGUGCUGCGCAAGACCCGCACCCUACCCUAUCCUCAUCGAUUAGGCCACUUCAAUGACCUACCGCUGUCCGAUGCUCUGCCAUGUCCAUUGAAUCGAUCCAACAGUUUGAACUCCUUGUCCACCUUACACCGCGAGGCAGAGGCCGCGGCAUUGAGUCUGUACAGAGACUCGCCCAUUUCUGCCCUCAGUCCCAUUGGCGUUGACCAGACAUGGAGACCCAAUGUCGAAUACGAGCCCCAGGACCCAUGCCCACCGCGCCCACCAUUGAGAGUGGAAACCCUCAGUCAGCAACGGAAAUACCAGAAGAUGUUGAAGAAGUCACUGAAAAAGAAAGAAAAAGAACAACUCAAGGCACAAAAGGAAGAUGAACAGUUGCGGCGUGCGUUCUUGGCCGCCGAGGUGGCUGCGACGAGGAGAAAAGACGCUCUUGCUCGAGGAGAGACCCUCCCUCUACGCAGUAAAAGUACGAAGAGUAUUGCAUCUCAGGUUGUCAAAAGUUUGAGCCCGAAACGACCCUUGAGCAAACUCAGCCGACGCGUGAAAAAAGAAAAGUCGGACCCGCCAACAUUGGACGAUUUCGACAGCAAACAAGAGGUACAUGAAUAUCUCAACCCCCCGACGUCUACAUCUGCCCCUCCAGCUAUACCGUCGGUCGAGAUCGCCGAGCUUCCUGCCGAGCUGCCGCAAUACACGCCGUUCCAAGAUUCCACGAGAACCCAGGAUAACGAACCUGUCGCGCUUCUGGAAGAUGUCCCUCUGACCAAGAGUAAAGAGGAUAUCUCGCUUCCCAGAGGGAACGAUGCAAAGGUGAACCACGCCCGAUCCACUCCUAGAUCGAUGCGAUGCGAUUCGUGUCAGAGUCCGAUCCGCUUGAAUCAAAUUUACUAUCACUGUUCGAUAUGUGAGAAUGGUGAUCGUAUACUCUGCUCGUCAUGCGAUCAGGCCGGUUGGAGUUGUCGCCAUGAAAUCACCGAAAAGGUGCGGAGUGUCUCGCGCUCAGGUCCAUCUCAAGGACCGUCUUCAUGUGCGCUACAUCGAGAACGAAGUCGAGCCGAAGCUCAAGAGUAUGCGGCCGCGAUGUGGGGUUUGAGCGUGCCCGAUUUCCCUGUAGAAUCAAGUCGUGGGACCGAGCCUCCUCUGCACGCGACCAUGUCUGCGGUCAGCCCGUGGACAUACAGCGACAUUAUGGAGCGGAAGAAAUCGAAGCUAAAACCCCGGGAGAAGAAUGGUGACUCUUCUGAAAAAUCUGACGAACUUGAGUUUCGACGACGUGAGCAGGACAUGGUCAUUCGUGAAAAGGAGGUCACUCUCCGAGAACGCGAGGCCGCCAUAAGGGAGCAACAAGCUUCUUUGAGAGAACAAGAGGCGGCGCUGAGCAUCAGACAGCAAAUGUUCGCACUCCAACUCCAAUCAUCUUUGGGGAAACUGACGCAAGAGGUGUCAAUUGGGGUCGGCGCACAGUUUCAGGACCUGUCUCAGAAUGAUUGUAUAAGGACUCAUGCCACCAAACGGAAAGCGGGUGGUGGCCAAGCACCAAUAUCCCCAUCCAACUCCACUGGCUCGAACCGAAAGUCGUCCCUGAAGCGUUCUCCCAGUGGCGGACACGAUCCAAAUGAUGAGGAUGAGGAUGGAACCGGGGCAGGCAGCCCGAAAAAGGCCAAGCAAGAAAACGAUGCUACCCCAGAGAAAUUGUUCGCCUGCCCAUUUUGCAAAUUCGAUAAAUCGAGAUAUUCUGAGCAGAAUGUUCUCGAAAAGCAUUACCGUGGCUGCUCGAGUGGAUACUGGCCGGAUAUUUCUCGACUGAAGCAGCAUCUGUAUCGCGUCCACUGGCGCCGCAUUCACUGUGGUCGAUGCUACACCAAGUUCGAAACCAAGGAAGCACUGGAGCGACAUGUUUACGCUUUGCAACCUUGUACAGAGGUCGAAUGUCCAUAUCCAGAAAAAUUCAACGAUCAGCAAUACAACGAGAUUCGUCGGAAAAGGCCGGCAAACACCCCGGAACAGGUCUGGUAUACGAUUUAUGGCAUUUUAUUUCCUGGUGAGCCCCAGCCCAGUAGCCCUUAUGCGGAUAAUGUCAAUCUGCCACCGCCAUCGGCCCUCAGCCCGACGGCGGCGCCCGAGUGUCAAUUGGACGUGCUGGGGGAGGUAUUCGAGUCUCGCUUAGAUCAGUACAUUGAAGCUCCAGGGCACGCCUGGCUCCGUUCUCCGGAGACCCGUGAAUUCAUCCGUCAACAAUUGAGAGCGUCUAUGACGGAUGUACUCCAACGACUGAGACCUACCAAUAGCCCGUCCGUCGGGAAUCCCUCCGUGGAGGUAUCGCCUUAUUCAGCCGUUGCACCGGACUCCGCUCGACGAAGCUCAAUAUCUCUGACGCCCGCAUCUUCCAUUCCGCCAUCCCCUAUCAAUGGCCCUGGUUCCCUCCACAAGUCCGUCUCAGACACACAUUUCCUAUUACCGAGCCGUCGUCAGAGCUUCAGCAGGCCACUCCCCGCUAGAACGGCGCAGAAAUGUUCCGCAGAGCAAAGUCGGAGAUCUGCACAGCAUGAUAUGCAGGAAGCGGGCGAGGCUUCCACUGGUGUGACAUUUCCCGUGCCCUUGACGGUGGACCCUGAGAAUGAUCGGUACGACGAGAAAUGCAAUAGCUGGAGUCAUGGAGAUGAGCUCGGCCUCGCUAUCUCGGCUGAUUUCGAUUUUGGCUUCAAUCCGACUUUUUCUUCAGCCGUCGAAGAAUUAAACCAGACACACUCCACACCAGCACUACCUCUACCAACGACUACAGACUUUACACCAGUCCGGUUCGAGAGUGUCGAGGACAACCUCACAGAUCCGAACUCAACAAUACCGUCCCAAUUGAAACCGAGUCAUUCUACGACUUCCUCGGUAGACUCUGGAUAUGGAAGCUUGGGUCAUGCUUCAUCAUCAGCGUCUACUUGGCCCUCGUCGACUUCUUCCAAACCGAACCUAAACAAGAGGCCCGUAAGGGACCAAAUGAAGGGAAAGCGGAAGCGGGAGGUCAAAGAACCAAGCCCGGCUCCUGAAUCGGCGAUCAAUUACAAUGCAUUGGAAAUUCCGUUCCAUGAAUUCUCCGGCGGUGAUCUUAAUUUGGAUAUGGACGAGUUUGGGAAUAUAGCCGGCGAGAGUCUUUCAGCGUACUUGGACACCUAG